UCCGGGGCGGGGCCUGAGAAGCCGUCCUGCUAGGGCAGCCUGCUCUGCGAGCCACUCGCGGGGCCCGCGCUGGGGUGCAGGGGCGCAUCGCGGCCGGACUCACCUCGUGGCCUCGGCGUCGUCCCCUCGGCUCAUGCCCCAGAAGCAGAUCCCGACUCCGCGGCCCGACAGCCCUCCAAACGCGUCCGAUUCAACGCCGCCUCCUGCCAGGCGGACGGUGACGCGCUACGCCUGCGCCGCCACGCCGCCCCAUGACGUCAUGGCGCCCGCGCCGCCGCCGUCACCGCGGUGGCGUAGGUCUUUUCCUAGUAACUUGGGCGAUAGCUGUGAAUGUUCACAAGGAUUGUCUUCAGUCAUGGCCUUGGGUUUAAGGUGCUUCCGCUUGGUCCACCCUGUCUUUUGUAACUCCCUUGCAGCCUGGACCAGACCUGUUUCGGAAGGGAUGCUGAAGACAGUGAGUGGAAGACAAAAUGACCGUGGGCAAUCCAUGGCCUCUCUAGCUGUACCAGUCCGUCAUUUUGCUACCAAGAAAGCCAAAGCCAAAGGGAAAGGACAAAUCCAAACCAGAGUGAAUCUUAAUGCUGCCUUGGUUGAGGAUAUAAUCAGCUUGGAAGAGGUGGAUGAAGAAAUGAAGUCUGUGAUGGAAGUACUGAAAGAUAAUUUCAAUAAGACUGUCAAUAUAAGGACCUCACCAGGAUCCCUUGAUCAUAUCACUGUGGUAACUGCUGAUGGGAAGCUUGCUUUAAACCAGAUUGGCCAGAUCUCUAUGAAGUCGCCACAGCUGAUUUUGGUGAAUAUGGCCAGCUUCCCAGAGUGUACAGCUGCAGCUGUCGAGGCUAUAAGAGAAAGUGGGAUGAAUCUGAACCCAGAAGUGGAAGGGGCACUGAUUCGGGUACCCAUUCCCAGAGUAACCAGGGAGCACAGGGAAAUGCUGGUGAAACUGGCCAAACAGAACACCAACAAGGCCAAGGAUUCCUUACGGAAAGUUCGUACCAAUGCAAUGAAUAAGCUGAAGAAAUCAAAGGACAAAGUCUCGGAGGACACCAUUAGGCUCAUAGAGAAACAGAUCAGUCAAAUGGCCGAUGACACCGUUGCAGAGCUGGACAGGCAUCUAGCAGUGAAGACCAAAGAACUCCUUGGAUGAGAGUCCACCCGGGGCAGCAGUACUCCAGAGCCCAGUUUCUGGUGGAUCCCAUGGGUGGCAAAUUGCCCCCUCUCUUCUCUGUCCACACAGAAGGCUGUCACCAUGCAGCUGUCAGUGUUUAUGAGGCUCAGCUUCUAGUGGGACACCCAGACUUGAGCAUUCUCUUCCUCCUUUACCCUGUCCACCCCAUUCUCCUCUGGCCCUCUGCCUUGGGUGGCCCUCAGGGUAUCCGCUGUGACGGAUGGCCUCUACUUAGGGCAUUUGCCCUGAUUAUGACAUUGCCAAGCAACUAGGACUAUUGGCAGGCUCAGCACUGCCUGCUUCUCAUCUCGAGAGCUUCCUUUUCAAUUAGUUGGGCCCCAUCCCCAACUUUGAACUCUGGGUUGAUGUGGGCCUUCACCUGUGACUGGAUCUCUUUGCUAGAGGCCCAUUUUUACCUAACAAUAAAAUCAAAAUAAAUUGGAAAGAAUAACCACCACAAAGGAA